AAUGAAGGACAGCAGGGGGCUUCAGGACAAAAGUCCAAAGGAACAAACCUGUCCCCACUGAUCAUGCCUGUGUCUGUACCAGUCGCUGUGACAAAUGUUUUAGGCCCCCAAGCCUCUACACAUCAAGCCGAGAGGUCACAGACUCGUAAAGGUGCAGCUAAGACGUCUCGUCGUCUUGACCCUUUAAACUGCCUCAUCAUCCCCAGUCCAACUCUGCCUCGACUAUCUUCUCCACAAUGCACCAAUAAUAAGGAUACCCAGGGUUUGCAGAGAAGCUGUGGCACGGGCGGUUACCCCAGCCAGCUGCGCUCGCCAAACUAUCUGACAGACCACCCACUGAGCCCUAGUUUUCAUCCCCCACCCUACACCCCUCAGCCAAUGCUGAGCCCUCUCCGUCCUGGGACAGGCCUUUACUCUAAAAGCCUACCGCAGCAUCAGCAAUGCCCAUCUCUUCCCAGCACCCUCGAUGGUGUCUCCUUCCCAAUUGACAACACAGUCACCAACAUACAGCCGAGGAUUAACGUGGGUUCACAGUUUCAAGCAGAGAUCCCCCCAGUGCGGGACACACUGUACAUGCUGUAUGAAGAGCACCCUGCUCAACUCGUCUGGACUCCUUGGAAAGAUCUCUCUACCAACACAGAAACACAACAGAGGGUCACAGAGCUGUUAGACGUGCUGUUCCAGUGUGCUACCAGGAGGAGGCACCAACAUCGAAUUCGCUCUCAACUGCCUUCAUGA